AUGCAGACACAUCCAAUUUCUGAUAAUUCGUCCGAAAAAUUCUUGCAAAACAAUGAUACUGACAUGUCUGAAUCUCUCAACUCGAAAACUCUGAAAAAGAUUUUGAAUCAACGGAGCAGGCACGACCAAAAUCAAGAUAAAAAUUGGGAUAAAUCACACAAGAAAAAGGGAACCGAGAAUAUUGCUCAAGUAAUAACUGACGGUAUUCAAAAUAAUAUUCUUUCGGAUGAAUCCGAGGCGAGAUAUAAUUUUGAGACUUUAUCUCUUCAAAGUUCUACUUCUUCAAGUCAU